CCAACCCGGGAGAACGGGACUGGAGCGUGACCCCCUAUCACGAGACGCCUCGCAGUUCCCCCCAAUUGGCGGCCCAGCGCUCGGUCAGGUCCUUCCCUUCGUUCCUCGUCCCAGUCCUCCAGUCCGGGAGGCGGGGGUCGGCGAGCCAGCUGAGUGGGACCCUCGCGGUGUCCGAGGAGGUAGUCGGCGACCGGUGGGCUGGCUCUUAAGGGCGAAAUUUCGCCCAAGGAGAAUCUGACCAGCAACUCCUGAGGAAAACUGAGGCACCUGGGAUUGGCUGCACUUCGAGGGGACCAGGGAAGGCGACCUGCUCAGAUUUCAUCCUAGGCAUAGACUCUUUCCUUUCAGGGCAAGUUCCAACAUGAGGCGAGGUACAGAAGAGAGACUUGAAUGAUACACUCUGGCACUCAAGCACCAAACCUGCACCCUAGACCUGGGUCUCUUACUCCACCUCUGUAAUGGGGGAAGUGGGUACAGCACAUCCUGCUCCAGAGGCAUAGGAAGAGAACAUUGUACAUGUGCAACUCCCACCUAAUGUGUCACUCCUGCCAAAUGCAGAGGGUAGCAGAAGCUCCAGAGCCCAUACCUGCAGGACUCAGGCAAACCUAUCUGCUGGCCACCUUGAAAAGGCUGUAGCACCUGCCCCUGAGAGAAGGAACCCUGGAAUCUACAGACCAGUUUUCCAGGCCUCCCCGUUUUCCCUUUGUUACCUUUCCAGGCCUUAAGAAAACUGAAAAUAACUCUCAGUUUGAGGACGUGGACCCUGGAGUGUGAGUGCCACACUGCACCCUGAGGGCUACCGGCCCAGCGCUCACCAUGUUUGCUGCAUCAGAGUCAGCAGUGGGCAGGCCUUACACGUGCAGUGAAUGUGGCAAGAGCUUCCGCUACAGUUCAGUGCUGCUACGGCAUGAGCGCGCCCAUGGCAGUGAUAGCCAUUUGCGCUGUCUAGAGUGCGGUGAGCAUUGUGCACAGGCUGCAGACCUCCGUUCACACCGACGUGUCCAUGCCGGCCAGACCCUCUAUAUCUGCAGCGAAUGUGGCCAGAGCUUCCGCCACAGCGGCCGCCUUGACCUGCACCAGAGUGUGCACAGGCGGCGUGGCCGUUCCUGCCGCUGCCGCACUUGUGGCCGUUGCUUCCCACACCUCCCGGCCCUACUACUGCACAGGCGUCACUGGCACCCUCCCGAGCGGCCCUGCCGCUGUCCUCUGUGCCCUCGCGCCUUCCGGCAGAGCGCCCUGCGUUUCCACCAAGCACGGGCGCAUCCCUGGGGGAUACCAGCUGUGCCCACUGAAACGCUCCACCACUGUACACAGUGCUCACGGGUUUUCUGCAGUGGCGUGGGACUUCGGAGCCAUUUGCGUGUCCACGUGGCCAGGAGCCCUGGUGACUCCACACUCCAGCAGCCAGCUACUCUGGAUGCACACCAGUGUGGUGUGUGUGGCAAGAGCUUUGCCAAGAGUUCCACGUUAACACGACAUCUGCAGGCGCACUCAGGUGAGAAGCCUUUCAAAUGCCCUGAGUGCGGUAAGGGCUUCUUGGAGAGUGCCACGCUGGUGCGCCAUCAGCGCACGCACACAGGCGAGAAGCCCUAUGCCUGUGGUGACUGUGGGCGCCGCUUUAGCGAAAGCUCAACACUGCUACGCCAUCGUCGCAGCCACCAGGGAGAGCGACCACAUGCAUGCGUCACGUGUGGCAAGGGCUUUGGUCAGCGCUCCGACCUCAUAGUGCACCAGCGCAUCCAUACGGGCGAAAGGCCCUUCCCAUGUACUGAGUGCGGCCGCUGCUUCAGCGACCGUUCAGACCUCACUAAGCACUGGCGCACACACACAGGCGAGAAGCCUUAUCGUUGUGAGCUGUGCGGCAAGUGCUUCACAUGCGUGUCCAACCUCAAUGUCCACUUGCGCAAUCAUGCUGGCCACAAGCCCCACAAGUGCCCUGAAUGUGGCAAAGCCUUCAGUGUGGGCUCCAAGCUGGCCCUACACCGCAAGACGCAUCUGGGCGAGCGGCCAGCAGAAUGUGCAGAGUGUGGCAAAUGCUUCAGCCACAGCCGCUCACUGUCGCAGCACCAGCGGGCUCAUACCCGUGCUCGUGCAGCAACUACUGCUGCCACUGCCACUCAGGACAAGGCAAGCACUGCGCUCAUCUUUGCUGAGCAAGCAAGACAGGAAAAGCUGGGACUUUCUGUGCCUCAGUUUAAAGAGACUUGCUGAGAGAUCUCCCUGGAGUGGGCUGGAUAAGCACUUAUGUAGUGCCACAGGGCUGGUGGGGGCAACUGGCAGGUGGAGGUCUGUGGAAAGACAGCAUGGCCUGUUACCUUCCUACAUCUCUGUUGAUAGCCCCUUCACCUGGCCUCUUGCUGUGCCCCUCACCUACUUGUUAGCUCUUUGCCUGUUCUCAAGCCUUCCUUUUCCCUCUCUGGGGAAUAGGUACAGGGGAAACCUCCCAGACCUCUCAGUGAAAGAAUGCCCAAGUAUUGGUGUGUUGCAUCCCUGCUGCUGUGCUCAUAUGUUUCCUGUUUUCCCACCAGUGUUCUGUCUUCUCCCAUCUCUUUUUUCAGCCUGAGUCUCCUCUACCUCUCCUUUCUGGGUACUUUCGAUAUCCUUCCUUUUCAGGUAAUGAUCACAGGCUUGGCCAGGGUCAAAUUCCUGUGGUCUUCUUAUCUCUGUAGUCUUCUUGCCCUGUGGUCUUCUUGCCUCUUCCUUCUACUUGACUGUUAGUCUCUUUGCAGCUUUCUCCCGUGGCUUCUGAGAGAUGGGAAACUUGCAGAGAGAUAGUGAGAGAGCUUACAUCACUGAAAGAGAUCUCCAUACCAGAAAUACCCAAAGAAGUGUUUCACAUCAUGUAAAGGUGGGCAGGAGCCCUCAGCAUGGCACCUACCUGUCCUAUGGGACAGAUCUGCUGGUGUACAGAUCAAGGUGCCUCUCAGGACAAUGUUCACCAACCAGGUGGAGGACAUUAGUCCUGGGACCUGGGCAAGACUACAUGGGUCCACAAAGCCAGGCACUGCCAACUAGAGUAAGAGAAUGAUAUAUACAAAUCAAACUUGGAGCCAUGGAGAAACUGAGCUCUACAGAGGCAACAGUGCAGGGUGGAAAAUUACCUGGAAUUGUCAGUGAUUUUUUUUGUUUGCAGGUGGUGAAAUAAAGAAUUUGUUUGGUUCCAGAUGCCAAGAGU